AUGUCUGAUAAUGCCUUUCUCAUAAAUGCCAUUACUGGAGAGAAAAUAACCACUGAUGUGAAGUUCUUUAUGUCUCUUGAUGAGUUUAGAGAUUUUAUUAGCCAAAAAUGGCGUAUACCUAGUGAGCAACUACUCAUAUUACUACCAUUUGGAAACAAGUUGAAAAGCUCCGGUUUUAGGGAAUGUUUGAGAAGUAACACUCUUGAUGAGAACGAAUUUUACAUAUAUGACAGGCGGCUCUUUUCCAUCAUAAAAGAACCUCUCCGAAGGGCGCAUGACUCAGAAGCUCUUCAGGAUGAAUCAUAUAAGAAGGCGGAAGUUUUACUCUCAAAUCUGGUCAGAGAUACUUUGCAAAAGCGUGAGUCUGCGUUACUGAAACCAAUAAACUCACCAUUGGCUGAUGCAGAUCUUAGAAUAGAAAGUUUGAAUGCCAGGUCCAUCACAAGCCUGCUGACCACCAACUUGGGGUGGCUUAGUGCAUUAGAGAUUGAUGUCCACUAUUUCCGAAAUCUGAUGAGCGAAUGUGCGGCGCAAACGUCGGAAAUUUUACGAUGCCUUUCAGUAUGCGAACAGUACCUCAGACUUUACUGCUAUGAUGUAGAGAAACUUUACAACUCAAAUGUUGAAUUUUUGAACCAAUUGGCACAGAACGGCCAGUCGUCUAAAUGGAAAGAAUGUUACAAUCAGGUACUCCACAAACUGCAAGGCAUAGAGGGCCCGCUAGAACGCUACGUCGAUUUGAAAACAACGGAGCAGAACGAAAAUUCCAUAAAGUUACUGGAUCAAAGUAUUAAUUCAAAACUAAAGAAGGUAAAGCGAGAUCUUGACAAAAAUGCUGAUCUUCGGGCCCAAAUUACUGAGGCUAUUGCAUUGCUACAAAACAAUUCCACCCUCAAGAACAUGAAAGACAACCUUGAAGAGACAAUGCUCACACGGUUUGACGAAAUAGUGGAAGAAACGAGAAGACGCAGCCGCGACUUCCUGGAACAGGAUUCAAUCGACUCGUUCAAUGAUGGUAUGGAAGAUAUUCACUCGUUUCUACUAAAUACCAAAAAUGAAGUGAGUGGAAAACUAUUCACAAUCGCACAGGCCUUAUAUGCUCAGAGUGAGCAGGUGAUUGAGCGGAAGCAUAAACUACAAAUAAAUGCCAUCCUUUUAUUGGGGCAAAUUGCCUUUGUUCAGGUCGAAACAAUUGGCAUCAAGCGGAAACUACUUAAUGAAUGCAACAAGGAUUUGGAUCUUUAUCAGAAGAAUGAAAUUCAAUUUGCAAAGAUUGAGGACAUUCCAUUAAUCUACGGCCUUUUCCUGGUCGAAAAAUAUCGUCGUGAAAGUUGGAUACUCCAAGUUCUCUCUCAGACUAGGUCACUGGCAGGCGAGUAUGAACAAAUCAGAAAUAAGGAACAGGACCAUCGAACAAAAUGGACUGAAAACUUUGGCUCAACUGCAUCGUUAUUCUGCAGAAACUUGGAAAAUUUCACAGAGUCCGAAAAGAUAGAGGAAUUAUUCCUUAAUGACGUGUUGAGUCAUGAAAGGCAAGCUGAUGAAAAAGUUAUCUCGGUACGACAUUCUCUUAACAAGACUCGGGAGUUGAUCGAUGAAUAUAUCGCACAACUUCGUGAACUAAAAGUUGGAGAUAAUGUGUCCGAGUUAAUCUCACAAAGUUUCUCCGAAGCAAAGAGUUAUCAGGUUACAAUUGUGCGCGUUCGUGAUUCGAAAGAAUCAUCGACUUCGGCUUCAAAUCAGAUUAAUGGUUACCGAGCUCGGAUAAAGAAGUUAGAGUCUCUGUUGCAUGAUGCUCGCUACUCGAACCCGGGACACUGGCCUUCAGGGAUACUCAAUACGACUUUCAUCACCCCAUUUCAUAAUAGUGUUACCACUGUCAGCUCAAAGAUGAGCUCUUCAUCGCUAUUGGAGACGGAUCGUAAUUUAAACGUUGCAAACGUUAUUGAAGUAGAAAACAAGCUAAAAAACCUCCAACAAAUUAAUGAAAAGCUGCGGAGGGACGGGGAAACAAAGGAUAUGCAUUUGUCAGUUACCAAAUCUAAGAUUACAGACUUGGAGCUAGAGACUAUGGCGUUCAAAGAAACCAUGACAUAUUUGAACAAAGAAUUAGCAAGGCUAACCGAUGAGGAAGAGAAAUCUCGAUUUGAAAACAUUAAUCAACAGAACUCCUUUAAACAAGAGAUGGAAGCUAUCAUACGCGAAAACAGUAAACUAUUUUCGGAGUUUUCUCGAUUAAAACAUCGAACUGAAGUUGACGAUACAUUAAAGAGAGAAGCCAUGAAUCAAGCAAAGAAGCUAGACGAAGAGCUUGGCCAGGAAAGAAGAACUUUGCAGGAGAAGACGGUGGCCUUUGAGGAAGAAAUAAGCAAGCUUAAUGAACGCUUGACGCUGCUUGAAGAAGAAAACAAAGAACUCAAGGAGAAGAAACAAGUAAUUCAAGAAGUAGAGGACGAACAAAAGGAGCUUACCCCUCCUACCGAUCUGGCUAAGGAAUCUGAGAAGGAAGAAAAUCUUGCUGAAUUACGAAACCAGAACAGAGAUACCGAAGCCACGAUAUACGAAGUUUUUGCUUCAGAUGUUUUUAUUUUGGAGAACAUUGGCUUAUUACUAUCGCUUGAUGAGAACAACCGUAUCAUCAUCAAACGUGUCAAAGGCCUGCGUAGGGGUCAAAGUCAAGGCGUCCUAGAUGAUAGUAUUCAAAUUUCAGAGGCCGAUGUUCUUGUUAAAAGCACAAUAUACAGGGACGUUAAAAAAAUGUACGACGAAGUGCAUAACACAGAUGAUAUGGAUAAGCAUAAAUCUCUGUUUGAGGAAGUGCGAAAGCUAUACGAUAAUAAACUUUAUGAGACAGCAGUUAUCCGAAGAUUCAAAGACAUCGAGACUUUGGCUAAGAAGCUCACUAAGGAGAACAAGAAAAAAAGAGGGCAGUUGGAAAGCCACCAGAACGAAAGACUUACUUUGAAAAACUUCCAGGUAGGCGAUUUGGCUUUGUUCCUGCCAACAAGAGAACACAACUCGCCAACCGAAUCGUCAGUUUCUUCACUUAAUUCGUCAUUCUCUUCGGUCGAUCUUUCGACACCACCUCCAUUUGACACGGUCACGAUGCAUCCGUCUUCGGCAGGGAAAGACAGGAUAAGUAAAAAGAGUAAAAGCCGCCCUUGGGCUGCGUUUACCGCCUUUGAUGAAAGUACCAGGUAUUUCUUGAAGGAUGAGAACAACAUGAUAAAGGGUAAAGAUUGGUUCGUGGGUAAAAUACUAACUAUGGAAAAAUUCAUUGCUGAGGACACCAAUAGCAAUCCUUACAAGCUUCCAAAUGGUGUCUCAUGGUUUCAGGUUACAGCUGCUAUGAUUUCCUGCCAAGUUUAA